AACGGAACAGAAUAUUGUUGACAACUGUGGCUUGUCAGCAAACUUCUCCAGUUUUCUGAACAAUGAAGCUGUCUACAUUAGUUUGGCUUGGCUUUGUAGUGGUUUCGGUUGGUUAUCGUGAGUACUAGCGAACUGCUGAGCUAAUGAGCUGGGUUAGUUAGCCGGUAGGUUAACCGAUUUGACUCAACGCUACAGAGCAUCUGUAGCUUGACGUUAGCUAGCUAGCAGAGCUGAGCUACACAAUUAGCAGAAGCAUGGGCGAUGGCAGUGUCAUUCCUAGGCUCGGCAACAUGAAGGCAUUGCUUGGAAUAGUUGCUGGAGCUGGAGCUUCUUAUGGGUUAUACAAACUUAUCAGCGGAGGAAGCUUCAAAAGAAAUAAGAAAAGUGCCACCAGUGAAAGUCCUAGUGUCAGGAGCAAUCAGCCCAGUGAAGUGACCCUGCAACCGGGAAGCCUGCUGGCUAAAGUGUCUGGACUGGAUGUUGUCUGCCCCCGACCUACGGAUGUUGCAUCAGGUGGCAUCAUCCACCAGUCCCCUGGCAACCUGGAGCCACAGCACCUGAAAAUGCUGCUGUCAUGUCUGCAGACCAGCAAUAAUUCAUCUGACAGAUGUCGGAUUAUGGUUACGUUAGGAAACGCUGCUGCCUUCACUGUGAAUCAGAAUCUAAUACGGGAAUUUGAAGGGAUUCCUGUCAUAGCAGGUUUCCUCUCUGAUCCUGCAGCAGAGGUUAGAGUGCAGACGCUGAAUGCUUUAAAUAAUCUGUGUAUGAACAUCCAAAACCAGGAGCAACUAAAGGUUUAUGUGCCGCAAGUGCUGGAACUGAUUGAGAUGUCACCAGUGAAUUCUGACCUUCAGCUUGGUGCUCUCAGGCUGCUGACAAACCUUUCAGUCACAGACAAACAUCAACACUUGCUGAAAGAAUCCAUUACACUUUUACUGUCUCUACUUGUGGUGAGCAAUGAAGCAUUACAGGUUCAGGCCUUGAGAGUCCUUGUGAAUUUGUCCUCUAAUCCAGAUAUGAUGGAUGACAUUGUUCAAGCUCAGGCUCCAGCUUCUGUUGUGCUACUGUUUGACGCACGAACAGCCUCUACGGUGCUUCUGCGACUGCUGACAUUUGCAGGAAACUUACAGGCUUGGAGGCCCUCGGCUCAAGUAGCUGAUGAACUGAGGCGGAAGCAGGAUUGCCUUUUCCGGGUCAUGUUAGAUGAAUCCUCCCAGCUCCACAGCAGACUGGUCCAGCUCCUUUCACACCCUGAUGGGGAAAUUCAGGCCCAGGUGGCUCGUAUCUUGACAUAGACCUCUAUCUGGAAUCUUGAUCCAUGCAUAGCUUUUGUUUUGACACACUUUGCCAAAGCCAUCAACCUAUCACUCUUCAAGUUAGAUUAUGAAUCUGUUGACAUUAACCAUAUAAAAGAGCAGGCUGUGUAGCUUCCUGUGGAUACUCAGCUUACACUCCCUCAAUCUCUAUUUGUUCCACCUCAUCAGCCACUUUUCUCUGAUUUCCAGUCACUUACACUAUAAUUAACUGAUGAGCAGCGAGUAAACACUAAGCAGGGAGAAACCAUUCAUUCAGUAGAUUAUAAAAACAGGCCACCUUUCCAUGUUUUGUCUUGCCACCAAGAGUUUUCAUCACAUUGCCAGAGACUAUUUUCCUUCAAAUAUCCACAGUGCCCUUUCUUCUGGGACUUUCACCUACUUUCUCUGAAGAUAUUUUCCAGGUGAAAUUUCUGAACCCAAACUCACUGCCAAAAGUUUUCUAGAGAAUGUGUCCAUGUGACUUGUGCAGCAUGAGACAAUACACUACCUUUCUGUGGUUCAGAGAGACACUUAUCAAGAGAAUUGAAGAGGUUUCUUGCUGUACUCCUCAGCAUGCCUUGGAGACACCAGUGAAUGGGUGUACGACAGCUCCAAUCCUCGCUGAUUUAGUGACAUGUUAGAUUUAAAGAUCAAUCUUAUUCCAUUGAAAGCAAGCGCUUUUAUCUAUGUAUUUAAUUUGAGGAAGUGCAUCAUGAUUUUAGAAGAGCCAAAGUGAGGUUACCCUUCAGACCGGUUGGUCCCACUUUCUGUGAUUCUAUAAUAAGAUGAGGGGUUCAGUGUAUCCGGAAGAUUUUGAAGUUGAAACACUGCCUUCCCCGCAUUUAAAAGAGCUAGUUGAGGUGUUAAGGGCAAUUGUUAAGGAGGCCACCUGGGUAAACUUUGCCUUUUGAAGGUACACCAUCCAAAGCUGCCUGGACGGGUUGAUCUGGGAUGUACUGGUGUUGUUGAUUGUCUCAACUGGCCUGCAAAUCCUCCAGGGAAGAGCUGGAGGAAGUUGCACGGGGAAAAGGAUGUCUGGACUGUUACUAUUGUUUUAUAUCUACCACAACAGUCAGAGAGCUUGAAAAUAGAUGGAGGAGUCGUUGACCAUGGGCAAAACAGUAGUGGUAAUAGCCAUGUUAACUGUUUGUGAAAAAAUGUCAUGCAUAUGGUUGUUGAAUGACAACAGUGAUUGAAUGUUAAAUACAAGCCUUGUUAUGCUAUGCACUUACUGUAAUAAGACAGGAUGUAAGUGACAGAUGUGCAUGUUUAGAGGAGGAGGACUGAAGCUGUGGACACAUCUGUUCACUUGUUAAACAAUAUUUACAGAAACGAGGAUGGGUGUAAGUGCAUACCUCUAAUUUGCAUGAAAAAUGAUCUCAGAAUAUGAUUUUUAAUGCAAAGAUUUUAUAGCAUGAGCCAGUCCAGGUGUAUAGAAAUGCUGCACAUUUUUGAUGUUUGGACACUGACCUUAUUUAACCCAAAUCCUAAAUAUGUCUCAGGCAAUAUCGUUUACCAGAACAGAUACCGUGAGAGGUUGAUUUACUUGUUACCUAGAUUAUCAUAUUUAUUUAAAGAAGUUAGUCAGCAUUUUGCCUAUAAAAUGAGAAAUGUGUUUGUUAUGUGUAUUUGAAUGGUUCAAUAAAUACUGUAUGACCUAUAA